AUGAAGAUACUGUUUGUGUUGGGUUUGUCACAGUUUUGGUGUCUUUGUGCCGCUGUAACUCGUGGCUUUGAGUACACCAAUGUAGACUAUGUGGGAUUUUCUUGUAAAAAUGCCCUGGCGUCCACCGCCAAGUUCUGCAAGAAGGAUUCUGCAAAAGAUUACUCCUGUUACUGCACCAGCGACAGCGCUUUGGGGUCUUUCUUUUACUGUGCCUACGAUAAUUUGAAGUCCAAAAAGGAUCGCCAAAACAUGCAAGAGUUCUUUCAAUUUCGCUGUCCCAACACGACUUUCGAGCACAUGCAAACUGUGUACGAAAAUGCUACGCAACACAUGGUGAACACGUCUGAAAUCAAGAACUUUAAUGCUUCCGCGCCUGUUGACUUCUACGUCUAUGUGAACUCUACCCUUUACGACAUAGCUUACCGGUCAUACAACUCCAGAUACUCUAAUUUCAAAAAAGGGUACCACUGGGGUGCUGUUCUGGUCGGUUACUGGGGGAUCAUUGUUGUCUGUGGUAUGUUUUCUUCUCUGGUGCAUAAGUUUGCCCCAACUCUGGCAAUCGCGGCAAACAAGAAGAUGUCUCAAUUGGCCCUGGUCCGGUGGUAUAGGAAGUAUUUUUCCAUUCCAGCUCUAUUUGGAAACCACCACACGGAUAGAGUGAUUCUGGGAGGACUUCUACCAACACGUCUCGAAUCCUUCCUCAUUUUCGGCUUCUGCUUCUUGUGUAUCAUUUUCCAAGCUGUCGGCUACGAUAGCGUUAAGGGAAAUACGUUGUUCGCCACCAAGACCAUUGAAAUGAGUCGUCUUAUCGGCGAUAGAACCGGUGUGGUUGCUAACUUUUUGAUGAUCCUAACCUAUUUAUUCGCUGGCAGAAACCAAAUAUUUAUGUGGAUGACCGGGUGGAAACAAUCGACGUUCAUCGCCUAUCACAAGUGGAUCGGCCGUAUGUGUUUUCUCAGUGUCUUGGCGCACACCAUUGCCAUGUUGAUCAACACUCUAAUGAGAGAAGGCGUUUACGAGCACAGAGUCCUCGAAAACUACUGGAGAUACGGUUCCGUUGCAGUUGUAGCCGGUGGUAUUAUCUUUGUGCAAGCGUUCAGUUGGUUGCGUGUUAAAAACUACGAACUUUUCCUAUACGUCCACAUUGCUAUGGCUCUUGCGUUCUUGAUCGGUGCAUGGAGGCACAUCGACGAAUUCUACUACGGUGAAUGGGCUUACGCUACUGCCGCAUUCUGGUGCUUUGACCGCUUUAUUAGACUGGUUCGUCUCUGCUGUUUCGGUAUUAAGACAGCCAAAGUUUGCAUUGUUUCUAACGAAACGCUGCAAAUCACUGUCGACAAAGGUUCCUGGUGGCCAUUUUUCCCUGGUGCCUUUGGCUACUUGCAUAUUUUGAAAACUACUGUGUUUUGGCAAUCGCAUCCCUUCACUGUUGUCAAGACUGACAACAACGAGUUGCGUUUUUACAUCAAGAUCAAGAAAGGUGUCACUGAAACUCUGUACGAGGAACUGUUGAGCAAGCCCAAUUACACUGGCGAGGUGAAAGUCGCCGUGGAAGGACCAUACGGUGACAACAAACCUGCGGAUGCUUACGACCAAGUGUUGUUGUACAGCGGUGGUAACGGUAUUCCCGGUCCAUUUGCUUAUGCUAAAGAACUCGGCUCAACUACCAAGGAGGGAAAUAUUAAGUUUGUGAAAUUGUACUGGGUGAUUAGACACUGGCACUCUAUGGACUGGUUCCUUGAGGAGCUUCAAUUACUGCAGAAGUACUCUAACGUUCAAACUAUAAUCUACGUGACCAAGGCACAUGAAGGAAAGCUGGGCGAGAAGUUGGUGGCCCACUUUGACACCGUCGGUGUGCCUUCAUCUUCUUCUGAAAAGGGCUCUGAAGAAAACGAGGUGGUUGUGAGCAACGACUACUUGGAGACUGUCCACAAGAUGCUGCCUCAUAUCGAGUUCAGAGAGGGCAGACCAAGCAUGGAAGAGAUCGUGAGCCAAGACAUCGAUGAGUGUGGAAAUCGCAACGUCGCGGUUAUCACCUGUGGUCACGGCAACAUGUGCGAUCAAAUUCGUCAUAUAGUUGCCGACAAAGUCGGCACCCACAAGACAAGCAGAAUUGAUUUCUUUGAGGAAUUGCAGACAUGGUAA